AUGACGUCAAAGUGUGAUUGGCAAACCCUUGAUGUGCAAGCUUUCGCCAUCCGCGCAAACAACCAGCGCUCGUUUUCUCUGAAGGAAGGAAUUGAAGAAGGAAACUACAACAUACUGAUGCAAAACCAACCGCUGUACAACAGUAACGCUCACUCGUUUAAAUCGUUACAUGAUUUGUUCAGGUCUGCAUUCGACAAAGGAUUUCCAUGGGAACUGAUAGAAGUGUUUUCAGGACCCCCACGGAUGGCCUUUUCGUGGCGCCAUUGGGCUCACUGGACGGGCCCGUACAAGGGAAGGACCCCGACGGGCGAACUACUUGAAAUGUAUGGAAUGGCUGUGGCCGCGGUGGACGAGAACCUAAAAAUCAAAUCAAUUGAUGUUCACUACGAUUCUAACCAGCUUUUGAUGAAGUUGGAAGGAAAGGAGUGUUGA